AUGGGAAAAAAAAAUAUUGUCGGAUGUAGAUGGGUGUUUACCAUAAAACACAACGAUGAUGGAUCUAUCGAGCGAUACACGGCAAGACUUGUGGCGAAAAGGUACACACAUACUUACGGUGUAGAUUAUGAAGAAACCUUUGCACCCGUUGCAAAAUUGAACAUAGUCAGAGUCUUAUUGUCCCUCGCAGCUAAUUUGGACUGGCCACUACACCAGUUUGAUGUAAAGAAUGUCUUCCUACAUGGAGAACUCACGAGGGAAGUAUAUAUGGACAUUCCUCCUAGAUAUAAUACUACUAAGACUGGAACAAUAUGUAAAUUACGAAAGGCGUUGUAUGGAUUGAAACAGUCACCACAUGCAUGGUUUGGACGGUUCACCAUGGCAAUGAAGAACAAUGGUUUUAGACAUAGCAUCUCAAAUCAUACUUUGUUCUUGAAACAUCAGAAAGGGAAGGUAACAACUUUAGUAAUCUAUGUUGACGACAUGAUUAUUACUGGGAAUGAUAAACAUGAAAUAUCUCAACUACAAGACUAUUUGGCUACUGAAUUUGAGAUAAAGAAUCUAGGUGGACUCAAAUAUUUCUUGGGGAUUGAGGUGGCCCGAUCACAACAAGGCAUAUUUCUUUCUCAAAGGAAAUAUGUCUUGGACUUAUUGACAGAAAUAGGAAUGCUAGAUUGCAAACCUGUAUACACUCAUAUUGUUCAAAAUCAUCAUCUUGGAGAAUACCCGGAUCAAGUUCUAACUAACAAAGAAAGAUACCAGAGGUUAGUGGGAAGAUUGAUUUACUUGUCUCAUACUAGGCCAGACAUUGCUUAUGAGCACAACUCUCUGUCUCUGUCUUUGCUCUCUCUUGUCUGCUCCACUGAGAUCUUCGUCGCCGCCUACCACACAUCCACCGGAAAGGCCCUGGCUUUCACAUUGGCUUUCGCUUCUUCUCACUUGGACUCACCGACCCAGCACGCCAACUCGCCCAAUAGCUCGCCGGCGUUGCAGAGGUCGCUCACUUCUGUAGCUGCCAGCAGGAUGAAGAAGGCAUUGGGUCUCAAAUCGCCGGGUUCGGGCUCCAAGAAGAGUCUUGGGUCCAGUGGGUCUGGGUCGGGACCUGGAAAGCCCAAGCGGGUUAUGACGGUGGGUGAGCUGAUGAGGAUCCAAAUGGGGAUUUCUGACGCUAUGGACUCUAGAGUCAGGAGAGCUCUGCUUGGGAUUUCUGCUGCUCAGUUUUAUGAUGGUGAAACAGUUUACAUUUUAGGAUUACUUGAAAAAUCCAGAAUACGUUCUGUCAAAGCAAGCUUUAAACUAUACUUCGUAGAGAAAUGUUCUCUUGCCAGACAAUCUGGCAGCCAACCUUUAAACCAGUAUUCUGUUUUGGUCAACCAAGGAAUUAGAAUUGUCAACUUCUCUUCUUUCCUGUAUCCUGAAGUUUCAAAAGAAAUACUCUGUUACUACAUUGGAAAAUCACUUGUUGGAAUGGCAGAGGUUGAAGCAGCCAUACAAGAAAUGUUCCAGGCACCUCUUAUUCAACAAGUGAUGAAAACUUCUUCCAGGCUGAGUAAAAUAUUUUUGACUGCCAUGGUGUAUGAACUCUACAAAACAGGAAUGGGGGAAACUACUUUUGAAAAGUUGGCAAUGACAGUCUCAUGCCUCUGUACAAGCAACGGAGAAGCAUUUCCUGGACAUGACAUGCUAUUAAAAAUUGGGCAAGCAACCCUAACAAGGUACGAAGUGAAUAUAAAUCAUUCUCAGGGUAAAGUGCUGCCUAGUGUAAGAGUUUCAUAUCCAGGUCUUCUACUUAAACCUGACGAACCAAAUUUGGUUGUUGACAAUGCUUUGACUAUCUUGCUGAUUAUAAUGGCAAAACCAGCAAGUGACCCUAGUAAGAGAGAUCAGCCUGCAGGGAUGGAUGAGGACUAA